AUGACCAUCAGCUGUGCCAUUCGCGCGGCGGUGGCCGUUUCCAUUGCUGGCGCUCUUUCGAUCAGGGACCAUGCGCACAUGCGAGGCGCGCAUCCGAUGAUACCAAAUUUGCCGCGCACGGUGUUGCAAUCUCGCAGCGCGAAUUCGACGGGUUGUGGUGGCGACCUCCCUGGUUAUUUCAAGAUCGAAGGCAUGUAUUGGCAGAGUUCUUAUCGGACUGGCGCCAGGAAUAUCACUGCGUGCAUGCAGGAUUGCGGCAAAGCGCAGAAUUGUGUCGGCUUCUCUGCCCGCAAAGGGUGGGAACCCAUGCAAGACGAGCUCGGUGCCCGUUUCAUGCAAGAAAGGAUGCGGUGCACCCUUCACAAGGGCCUUCAGAUGCAGGCGGACCACAGGGCUGUGUCUUACACCAAGUGCCAAGUUGAGGGUUUUGAAUGCGAGAACGGCUUUCAGUUCUCCCACGCCGGGACCUGGAGGGCCGGCAAACAGAUCGAAGACUUAGAUGAUGAGCCGCUUGACUUUUGCGCCAAGGCGUGCCGCAAAGACAGGGCUUGCGUCGGCUUCACGCAUCGCGAGACAAAAGAGGGAGACACGUAUUGCUUCCACUUCGAGAACGAGGCUAACAAGGUGCUCCCCCGGCGGGAGACGGGCGCCCGGACGUAUUCCAAGUGCGCCAGCGCCGUCGAGGACAGCCUCUUUCUCCAGGCCCCAGGUUCGGAGGACCAGCAGAGCCAGGCGUUGGUUUCGACGACCGAGUCGUGA